AGAAAAGCAAGGGGAGGAGGAAGAAGAAAUUGGAAGAAAGUAGAAAAAGAAGCAGGAGAAGAAGAAGUGGCUAAAAAAACAACACGGACACUUGGCUGUCUGUUAACAAACAAGGUUACACAAAUACCUGAGAGGAAAUGACCCAAUGCAUGAUGUGAACUGUGAAAAGGAGUUUUGACACCAGGAAGUGAGUGCUGAUAAUGGUGAACCUGAAUCGGACUCCCAGGUGCCCUCUGUGUUACCUUUUUCACACGAGUCUGGGGAAGAAGUUGCCACAGAGAAUGAAUUUAGGAUAUCAACUUCCAUGAGUUUUCAUUUUCACGUGGCUUCUGUUAAUCAGCUGUAAAACAUGGAGAGAGAAGCAGCUGAGAAGGAGAUGGAGGAGGUCACGGACACUGAUGAAGAGACCGCUGAUGGUAAUGAUACUAAGACCAGUCAGUGGGAGACCAGAGAGACUGAUGAUGACUGUUACCAGGAGGAAAGAACAGCCUAUCUCAGAUCUAAUUCUCAGGACACCCUUAAUCCAUCCACUCCACACGACUCUGGAAUUGGGGAAUCCGAAUUUUGUGGAUCUACAGAGGCCAAAGAGGAUACUGAGGAGGUUUCAGAUGGGUUAGAGCAUGAAAGUAUGGCAGAUAUUGAGAAUGUGCAGGUUAUAAAUCAGGAAGAGGAUGAAGCUGCAAAGGAAAUGAAUGGAGAGUCAGGUUGGAGGAGCAUUGGAAGUGGAAAGAAGUGCAAACUGAGGAACAGUGGAUCCAUGUCAGAACAGAGCUCUUUUACAUCAUCCUCGUUUCAAAAAGGCAAUGUUAUAUCCAGUGGCAGCAGGCACAAGCAAACUCGCAGACGUAACCACCAUCACCAUCAGCAGAACCGAGGCCGCAGGCGCACAGGCAACCAGCUUGUCUUAGCUUUUAAGGAAAUGUUAUCAGAGUCAGUCAGCUUGUGGUGCAUCUCUUGCAUCCAUAUGAUGAUCGAAAUUAUUGUCACGCUAACUCAUAAUUGUGGAGUUGGCGUGGAGACAGGUGGUGUGAAACUUUACAACUUUGGCCAGCAGCUCCUUGUUAAAAUCACAGACAUACCUGGGAUGAAGGCAGAUGCUAGCCGGAUUCUGAACUGGACAAAAAGCACAGGAGCAGACCUAGUAGAUAAAAUCGUAAGGUCAGUGAAGUUUGUAAAGACUUCUGCCUUAUCCUGUUUCACACUGUUAUGCGCUUUGGUCAUCCUUGGAACUCAGUGGGCAAAAGGUUUAUUAGUUCGCAUUGGUGGGGAGAGAGGGAAACACUAUUGGACACUUUUUCAGGAGUCAAGGUUCUGGAGGAGUGUUGUAUCGUUGCUGGAGAAAGUCCGGAGCUGCUUCAGGAGAAAUGGCCAUGUGCCAUCGUCCAACCCUGAGUCGCCAGGCAGAGCAGGGAGAAGCCAGCCAGGUCAGGAGCUGGAAAGACUGCUGGCCUUGGCCGAAGUACCAGAGGAUGAGCUUGACCCUUUUUCAGUGCUCGGUGUUGAGAUCCACGCAACUGAGGCUGAGCUGAAGAGGGCCUACAGACAGCUGGCUGUCCAGGUCCAUCCAGACAAGAAUAAACACCCACGAGCUGGAGAGGCGUUCAAAGUACUGCGGGCUGCCUGGGAUAUCGUCAGUAACCCAGAAACACGACGAGAGUAUGAGUUGAAACGUAUGGCAGCAACUGAGCUCUCAAAGUCCAUGAAUGAGUUUCUCACUAAACUGCAGGAUGACCUGAAGGAAGCCAUGAACACGAUGAUGUGUACCAAGUGUGAAGGCAAACACAAGCGGUUCGAGAUGGAUCGUGAACCUGCUGAAGCCCGGUUCUGUGCUGAGUGCAACCGUUGCCAUAGCGCUGAGGAGGGGGACUUGUGGGCGGAGUCGAGCAUGUUAGGCCUACGCAUCACAUAUUUUGCCUUUAUGGAUGGAAAGGUCUAUGAUAUUACAGAGUGGGCAGGUUGUCAGAGAAUUGGUAUUUCUCCUGAUACACACAGAGUGCCCUAUCAUAUCUCCUUUGGUUCAAAGAAUAACAGCAACUCCACACGACACAGGACGCCCCCCGAGCAAGCGACAGGUCCAACUAACCCGGCCGAUCUGCAGGACUUCUUCAAUCGUAUAUUCAAGGGAGGACCUCCGAACGACAUGGCUGCCAACGGGGGCUUCUUUCCCUCAGGUCCGCCCCAUCAUCACCCUCCUGGUGGUGGAGCACCUACCUUCUCCCCUCCCCCGGGGCAGACAGGUUUUUACAUGCCGGGCGGUCAACGGCCAGAGUCAGCUGAGACGUGGGCUGAAAGCGGCAAACCCCCCAGGAGGAGGAAGAAGGUCCGCAAACCCUUCCAGAGGUGAAGUCUGUCGACCUCUCACACAGCAACACAGGGACACAGUGAAUAAUGGCCAUGUUUGUCUCUCGCCUGCCUGCUGGCAUGCCAAGACCUGAACUGGAGAGGAAUCACGUGGGUUGGCGUGACACCACCCAAGAGGAGAGACUAGAUCAGGAAGAGGAGCUUGUUGAAUGAAGAAAAGUAUCGAAGGAGAGUUGAAGUGGUGGCAGUGAUGGUGCUUUACCGCUCAUUUCACCUUAAUUUCUGUUGGUCUGUAAGACGACUGUAGCCUUGGCAUUGAAAUCCUUAUCAGGAUGCUGUAAUGAAACAUUUUCCUUUCCUAAAAUUCUGCCAAAUCCUGCAAUGCAUGAUUAACACACCUGCAUUUUAACACUUCAGUUCUCUCACAAUCUGUUAUUAAUGUUUUGUCUACAGUUAGUUUCAGACAGUGGUUCUAGUUGAUGAAAGGGACUGUGAAGUACAUUAACAUGAAGAAGAUAUUGAUCUGGGCAGCUUCAGUUUGUUCCCUAUAAUUGUGGCACUAUAUUUGAAGAAUGAAUGAAAGACAGCCAAGCUCAACAUAUUUUUUUCGGCUAAAUUCACAAAACUACAGAGUGCUUUUGACCAUCUGUAGAAUGGUUUUCCUACGCGAUGCAACAAACUUCUUAAUUGUACAUCCAGUAAUGACUAAUGGUUGGCCUGUUCUCCCUUAAAACCACAGUGCAGCUCUGGUACUCAGCAUAUGGCCUGCAAGGGAAAGCAAAAUACUGUUUGUCUGCAACUCCUAAUUGAAGUCACAAGCCACCAUGUGCAUGAGCUUUUCCCUUUGAUUGGUAGUAAAAUAAUCAGGAAAAUUGUCUUUUAAAAAUGGGCACGCUGCUUAAAAAUAGUUUUUCUCAGGAUCUUGAAAACAUAAUUAUUUUAAUGAGGUUUUAUAUAAUCUCUAAGAAAAACAAAUCCCGUCCAAGCUAAUACUAAAAAAAGAUAUGAUGUAAAACAUCAGUAUCAGUAAUGUAGCACUGUGUCCAUUUAUUCUGAAAUGAAUGAUGAAACUACCAGGGAAUGACAUCCUGCUUCAUAACCACUCACAGAACACACGUUUUCACAUUUAUCUGAAGAACCAAAACUCAUUAAGAAAUAAGUCUUAAAUUGAAAAAAGAACCUGUAAUGUUGUCAGUGUGUAAAAUCUGGACAUAAAUCAUUCAAACUGGUCAAAAUAAAUUGUUUUAGGAUGUACAAUGAUAUGAAUAUUGUUUCGUCAUCGGUUUUAUAUAAUUUAGUGCAGGUUCAGAUGCAACAGCAGGAGGAGUUCAGUAGUUUUGUUUAACACUGAGCUGUUCUGAGGAUGUCUCAAAACCUUUUAAGUGACACCUUGACAUAGUGAAAUGAUGUUUCUCCUCCAAAUAUUCCUGCAGAUUAAAACUGCUCCUCAAUACUGCCCCCUGUUGAUCCACCACAGCACUGGAACUGUUUCAUGUCUUUCUAUGCCUCUGGAAAUGCUUUGGGGUGCAUGUUAAGCAUUCUGUUUUUACAAACCUAAAUCAGAAAAAGUUGGGAUGGUACGUUACAUAAAAAUUAAAACACUAAAUUAUCCUUGAUCUGUUUUACAUUAGAAACUACAACAGGUUUUUUAUUUGAUAUUUCACCUCGUGUAUUUUUUUUUUUUUUUUUUGUCGAAAUACACAUGUUCAUUUUUAUUCUUGUUGCAUAUCUUAAAAAAUUUGGACAGAAACACAUUUUGUAAUGUUGCCAUUUCUUAACACUUAACAAAUGUUUAGGGUCUGAAGAAGUGUUUCAGGUGUGAUUUACGUGAACAGGACAGGAUCUUCAUGUUUUAUUAUGUUUCCAAGUCCAGGACCCUCUUCUUCCUCAGCCCCUGGAUCAGAGGUCAUAGUAUUCACCUUAAGCUUCAAAUCCUUACUGUUUACGCCCUGACAUACAUCCAGAUGAAUACAUCUUGAAUCUCAUCCCAUCAUUGGUCUGAAUCAACCAGACCUUUCCUGAUGCUGCUUUUGCACCACGUUGUCUUUGCAAUCAUUUGCUCACGUCAGCUGUUCCAUUUUUGUAAAGAUGUUGGAGACUGAAUGUAAGGAAUAGAUGUAUAUUCACAAAUUAAGUGAAACUGGCCAGACAAAACAUGAUAUGCAUUCAUAUCUACAUUGAAAUCCAAGUCAAGGUACAUUUUAAUACUAUAAAACUGCUUUUU